AUGGCCGCGGGCCUCGGCGAGUCCUGGCGCGAGCUCGCGGCCGUGGGCGCGCGCCGCGACUCGCUCGUGCUGCUUCUAGCCACCGCGACGGUCAUCCCGCUCGCGAAGCGCGUGGGCCUGUCGCCCAUCCUCGGGUUCCUCGCGACGGGCGUCUUCCUGGGCCCCAACGGCGGCGAUAUCAUCUCGAACCUGCACCAGGCGGAGAUCCUCGCGGAGCUCGGCGUCGUCUUCUUCCUCUUCGAGAUGGGUUUGGAGCUGUCCGUCGCGAAGAUCGGCGCGAUGCGCACGGAGAUCUUCGGGCUGGGCUUCGCCCAGUUCGUCGUGACGGCCCUGGUGCUGGGCCGCGCCGCCGUCGCCGUCGGCGCGGCCGCGGGGAGCACCGUGUCCUUCGCCGCGGCGACGGCCAUCGGCGGCGCGCUGAGCCUGAGCUCGUCGGCGUUCGUGCUCCAGUUGCUGCGGGACCAGGACGAGCUCGGCACGUCCCACGGCCGCGCGUCGUUGGGCGUGCUCCUCUUACAGGACCUGGCCGUCGUGCCGCUGCUGGUGCUGCUGCCGUUGUUGGCGUCGGGCAACGGCGGCGCGGCUUUAGCGGCCGCGCUCGGCGUGUCCGCGCUCAAGGCCGUCUUCGCCAUCCUGAGCGUCGAGGUCGUCGGGAAGAACGUGCUCAACACCAUGUUCGCGCGGGCGACGAAGAGCCGGUCCCAGGAGGCGUUCCUGAGCGUCGUGCUAUUGAGCGUGCUCGGCAUCUCGGCGUUCACGGAGGCCGUGGGCCUCUCGGCGACGCUCGGCGCGUUCGUCGCGGGGGUGUGUCUGUCCGAGACGCGCUACGUGAGCCAGGUCGAGGCGUCGGUGGCGCCCCUGCGGGGGCUGCUCCUGGGCCUCUUCUUCGUGACCGUGGGCUUCUCCAUCGACGUGAAUCUCCUCCUCGCGAAGCCCGCGGCGAUCCUCGGCCUCUCGGGCGGCCUGCUCGCGCUCAAGGCGGGGACGCUCUUCGCGCUGGGCCGCCUCUUCCGCCUGCCGGGGCCGACGGCUCUGCGGACGGGCGCGCUGCUCGCCCAGGGCGGCGAGUUCGGCUUCGUGGCGUUCGCGCUGGCGACGAAGCUCGAGCUCAUCUCGGAGCCCGCGAGCCGCGUGCUGCUGACGGUGAUCGCCCUAUCCAUGGCCGCGACGCCCCUGCUCGCGGGCGUCGGCGGCGCGGCCGCGACGGCCUGGGCGCGGAAGCGGCGCGAGUCCGCGGCCGACCUCGCGGCGAAGGUGCGCAUGAAGGACGUCGUCGUCGUCCUCGGCUACGGCGCGAUCGGCCGCGUCGUCACGGAGAUGCUCGACGCGAAGCUCUGCAAGUACGUCGUCAUCGAGAGCGACAAGGACAAGGCGGAGAAGGCCGCGGCGGCGGGGCGGCCCGUCUUCCGGGGCGACGCGACGGACGGCGCGGUGCUCGAGAAGUACCUCGCGGGCGACGCGCGCCUCGUCGUCGUCGCCGUCAACGAGGAGCAGGCGGCGACGGACUGCGUCACGGCGCUCAAGAAGCUCAACGCCCAGCUGCCCAUCCUCGCGCGCGCGGCCGACGAGACGCACCGGCGGCGCCUCGCGCGGCUCCGCAACGUCCAGGCCGUCGUGCCG